GAUGCUGCGCUCGCUGGCCGGGCCGCCCCCCGUGCCCCCCGUGCCCGCCGUGCCCGCCGUGCCCAUGGACUGCGUUCGAGCCACGGAGCUGUGCGCGGCCGACCCGGGCUGCAGCUCUCGGUACCGGACCCUGCGGCAGUGCCUGGCCGGGCGCGACCGGAACACGCUGCUGGCCAACCGCGAGUGCCAGCUGGCCCUGGGCGUGCUGCAGGAGAGCCCCCUGGAGCGCUGCCGCUGCAAGAGGGGCAUGAAGAAGGAGCUGCAGUGCCUGCAGAUCUACUGGAGCAUCCACCUGGGGCUGGCCGAAGGAGAGGAGUUUUAUGAAGCCUCCCCGUAUGAGCCGGUCACCUCUCGUCUCUCUGAUAUAUUCAGACUCGCUUCAAUUUUCUCAGGAAUGGACCCGGCCACCACCUCCAAGAGCAACCACUGCCUGGACGCGGCCAAGGCCUGCAACCUCAACGACAACUGCAAGCGCCUGCGCUCGGGCUACAUCUCCACCUGCAACCGGGAGCUGUCGGCCACCGAGCCCUGCAGCCGCCGCAAGUGCCACAAGGCCCUGCGCCAGUUCUUCGACCGCGUGCCCGGCGAGUUCACCUUCCGCCUGCUCUUCUGCUCGUGCAGGGACCCGGCGUGCGCCGAGCGCCGCCGCCAGACCAUCGUCCCCUCCUGCUCCUACGAGGACAAGGAGAAGCCCAACUGCCUGGACCUGCGCGGCGCCUGCCGGGCGGAUCACCUGUGCAGAUCCCGGCUGGCCGAUUUCCACACCAACUGCCAGGCCACCUUCCAGUCCCUGACCAACUGUCCUGGUGACAACUUCCAGGCGUGCCUGGGCUCCUACGCAGGGCUCAUCGGCUUUGACAUCACCCCCAACUAUGUGGAUGCCAGCACCACCAGCAUCACCAUCUCGCCCUGGUGCUCCUGCAAGGGCAGCGGGAAUAUGGAGGAGGAGUGCGAGAAAUUCCUGCGGGAUUUCACGGAAAAUCCCUGUCUCCGAAACGCCAUCCAGGCUUUUGGGAACGGCACCGACGUGAACCUGGCUCCCAAAAUUCCCAAUCCCGCCGUGACGGUGCCGCCGAAGGUGGAGAAGAGCCCGGUGCUGCCGGACGACGUCAACGACAGCAACACCGCCUACGACACGAGCGUCAUCAGCACCUGCACCUCCCUCCAGGAACAAGGCCUGAAGCCCAACCAAUCCAAGGAGCAGAGCUUGUGCUACUCCCAGGCCCAGCUGACCACGGAUGUGAUGCCGGACCAGAAGACUUUCAUGGAUCCCAAGGCGGGAAGCAGCCGGCAGCGGGAGAGCCGGAUCCUGCUCCUCAUUCCCAUCCUGAUCCCAGUUCUGGGGCUAUAAAAGGGGUGGGAAGGAGCGGCCGGUGGGACGGGGACGCUCGGACCAGUGCCCACCAGUGCCACCAGUGCCCACCAGUGCCCACCGCUGCCGCGUUCGUGCCGGAGACUGGAACGCUCCCAAAUCCCGGGAAUGCCGAGCUCCGGAGAGGCAGGAGGAGCCUCCACCACGCUGGGAAACUUUGGUGGUUUUCUUCCUACUUUUUGUUUUACCCGUUUUUUUGGGGGCAUUUUUUUUUUUUUUUUUGGUCUUUUCUGGGUUGGUUUUCAAGGAAAACUCCCUGGACUGGGCCUGGAAUGGGGGUCUGGAGCUGCCAGCGGUGCCGGGGAGGGGGGAAAAAGGUCGGAGAAAGGAUUUGGGAAAGGUGAAUUUCAGGAUUCUUUGCACUGGGGUGGCCACAGGGACAACGAGGAUUCCGCAUGGGAACAUCCUGGAGGAUGAAGGCGCCAUCGGGAGCCACCUCGAGGGGACUCCUGCUGCUCUUCCCAUUGGAUUUUGGGGGAUUCUGGUUGGGAUUUUUCCUCGGAGAGUUUCCAAAUGGAAGAGAAAAGAAACUGGUGUGAAACGUGUGAGGUUGUGCUGAUGUUUUCAAUCAUUCCAGGGGAAGAGGUUCUAUUUUCUUUUUUUUUUAAUUUUUUUUUUUUUAUUUGGAAUUUGGGUUGGGAGUGGAAUUUGACCCACCCAGGGUCGGAAUUCCCUAUUUUCCCUCUCCACUUUAUUUCCUAUAUACAUAUAACAUAUGGAUACUCCCAUAUACAUAACCCUACCCAUGCUGUGGCUUUUUAAUUCCCAUUUUUCCCUUUAUUUUCCCUCUUUUUUUUAAAUUUUUUUUUUAAUUCCUCCGAUUCCCACAACAACUUCCAAAUGUAUUCUUGGAAAAUUUAUUUUUUUUAACGAUGUCUAUAAUGGAAAAAAAGAAAAACCAAAAUAAACCAAGGAGAACAAA